AAAUGGACCAACCCGCGCGAAGCAUCACGGGAAGACACUUUGGUUUAGAUCUGAGCUGUGUCUCUUGAUUGUGUGCGUUGAGUGGAGUUUUUGACAGAACUUUUCUGGAUACACAGGCGAUGUGAUGAUUAUUCCAGAAGUUAAUUUAAAGAGUAUGGAAGAGGAAGUUAAUGGUUCAAAGGGACUAAUUUUCAAGUCCGAGCGCUACAGCCCUUCUGGGGAUCAACCACCACCAACGAAAAGGCAGCGAACUUCGGAAGAUUUCAUUUCAUUCUGCAAGUUCAUCCUCGAGUAUGAGAACUACGAGGCAAUCAAGCAGGAAGAGCUGCGUCAGAAGGCAUCCAGUCCGUCGGAGAGUUCAGCGGACAGCACCGAUAGCGGGAUUAAGCCGCUCGAGAAUGGCGCAGCAGAAUCGGGGGAGUCUCGCAGCGACAGGACGGAAGAGCCGCUGACGUCGAACAUGUCGGACGAGGACUCUCACGACCUCAUCACCUGCUUCUGCCUGAAGCCGUUUGCGGGUCGUCCCAUGAUCGAGUGUUCCGAGUGCCUCACCUGGAUCCACCUGUCGUGCGCCAAGAUCCGGCGGAACAACAUUCCGGAAGAGUUCACCUGCCAGAGGUGCCGAGAGGCCAAGCACACGACGCGGCGGUCGCAGCGGAUACGCGGCACGUCCCUCUCGGACGUGAUCCCCACCCGGCGCCGACCCAGCACGUGACUGUUCCGCGGCGGCGGCGGCGCCGAGACGUCGGCCCCCCUCUAGUCAUCAUCCCGCAAUAACGGUGUAACAUAUAGGUUGUAUAUUUUUUUACAACGGGGUGACGACCUGGAUAAAAAAACUUGCGGUACUUUUGUACGGUGGUUGCCGGACUACGUCGAGUGCACUUCGAGUGACAGUCUUACGGUGCGUCGGAGUUUGGGGGGGGAGGGGAGCUGGAGUUUUGAUCCGUUGACGCACGUCUUUCCGGGAGUCGGCAACCCUGGAAGGUGGAAAAUUGUGGAUUUUUCCCGACAAGAAAAAAGAGUGGAUUUAUGCCUUUGUUCACGUUUGCCUCUGUUGUUGGACAUCUUUCUCUGGCUUAUUUUUUUUGUUGUGCUGGCAACCACAGCAUUGAGUGUGAAUGGUGGUUGAGUAAAAGUGUGAAGACCUUA